CAAUUCCUGCCUUUCUUUAUUUUCUGGAUAACCUGAUUGUCUUCUAUGUGUUGUCCUACCUUGAGCCGGCAGCAUAAUAUUGGCACCUUAAAUGAUAGUUGGACUGCUUACACAAAGAUCUGCAUCAAUUGAAAGAGGCAGUUGUCCAUUCUUGAAGCCUCAAGUGCGUUCAAGGGGACAAGAAACUUGGUUGUACUACCCUUUCUCAUGGACUUUUCAUGGAAGCGUCUGUGAAUGGAAGGUCAGCAUUGGAUCCAUGAAUCACACUUUCUACAUUUCAGGAAAGGCCAUGGCAGUGCUGUUCUCAAAUUUUGUCAUCAUAACAACCGCUCUUCUAUUCAGGACAGUGCUGAAACGACAGCUGUCCUGGGUGCAGUGGGCAUCACUCCUGAUUUUGUUCCUGUCUAUUGUAGCCCUGACGACAGGAACAGGAAGCAACAAGCAUAGCUUGACUGUGCAUGGAUUUCAUCAUGAGAUUAUUUUCAGCCAUUCUAACAGCUGCCUACAGUACACCAAACUGGAGGAAGAGUGUUGGGGAAGAAAGAACUGCACAACCAGGUGGUUCUUCCCUGGCUUCAGUUGGAAUGUCACCACUGCCACAGGGGCCUUGAGAACUGUCCGUCUUGGCCUAGGACACCUGCUCAUCCUAGUGCAGUGCUUUAUCUCUGCUUUGGCCAACAUCUACAACGAGAAGAUAUUGAAAGAAGGUGGCCAGUUCAGCGAAAACAUCUUUGUACAGAAUACCAAGCUGUACCUUUUUGGGGCAAUGUUUAAUGGGCUGAUGCUGAGCCUGCGUCCUGAAAAUAGGCACCAAAUUGAACACUGUGGGUUCUUCUAUGGCCACAACAUGUUCUCAGUGGCACUUAUUUUUGUUACUGCCUUCCUGGGGCUUUCGGUGGCUUUCAUCUUGAAGUUCCGAGACAAUAUGUUCCAUGUCUUGACUGCACAGGUCACUACUGUAAUCAUCACCACAGUGUCUGUCUUUGUUUUUGAUUUCAAGCCUUCCCUGGAGUUCUUCUUGGAAGCUCCUGUGGUACUUUUGUCCAUAUUUAUCUACCAUUCCAGCAGCCCCCACUGCAUGGAAUACCCUGCUCAGUGGGAGAGGAGCAAACUCAGUGGAGGUGGAUGGGAGCGUUCCAGUGGGGACGGAGAAGAACUUGAGAGACUCACCAAGCCAGACAGCGAUCAUGAUUCAGAAGAGGAGACUUUAUAGGAAGGGUCUGGAUGCUUGAAGUUCAGACACAACUUGUGAAAAGAAUCAAGGUUUACUGUAAGGGAGGUGGGAGUGUGAAGCAUUUUCAUAACUUACACUGGUUGAAUGUUUCCUUUUUUCACUGUGGGAUUUUAAUUGUUUUUUCAUCGAGUCAUGCUAUAGAGUAUACUGUUUUAAAGGUGAUUAGACACAAUAAUGGAGGAUAUGGUUAUUCAUGACUACUACUAGCCAUGUUGGCUAUAUGUUACCCCAGGAUCAAAGAUAGCAUGCCUCUGAAUGAAUGCCAGUUGCUGCAGAGUAACAGUUGGUAAAGUCUACUGGCCUCAGAUCCUGCUUGUGGACUUCUCAUACCUAUUGGGAUGGUGAGGGGAAGUGGAAUGUUGGACCAGAUAUGCCUUCUGCUCUUAAGUACUUGACUUCAUUAAGAAGAAGCUUUUCUGCAGCAAGAAGGUACAUGGUGUGGACUUCAGAAAGGGGUGAAUGCUGAAAGGUAGAAUUGGAAGCAUCACUUUGGACCAUGUGUUAAAACUGCUGAUUCUUUCCUACUGUUUGAAGAGACUUGACAGCAUUCUAGAGCCCACAAACUGUGUUUUAAUUUCUUUAUGCCACAAAUAUUUAUGAAGCAAUGACAUGCAUUCAUGAGUUGGAAGUGCUUCACAAAUAAUGCACUAUCAAAUGAGUCUUUGUGCUGUAGGAUACCAUGGCCAAGCAUGGUUCCUGAAUAUGAAUAUCUCUGUGAACAUACACUGCUGAAAAUGUGCUCCUACAUGCACAAUUGCAUUUUUAGAUUUACAUGUAAAAUGUUUUACAGGAACAGUUUGAAAAUGUAAUAGAUGAAGUAGCCCUCAGUACUGAAUGAAAUCACAAUGUAUUAGCUACAUCGUUAUCCAAAACCUUGCAGAUUGUUCAUCAAAAGCAAGACUGCUGGAAUUGUGGAUUGUUCGGCGUUAGGGUAUUAUAGUAGGUAUUACUUCUCCAUAUACUUGAAUGGGAGACACAUGAACAUCUAAUACUUCUUUUACUGGGUCAAAAUAAUUUUCCUCCCUGUACUUUCAACUCAAAGGAGUCAUACAGCUGAUGGAUCUUUAGAAACACUAUGUCCAGUUGUGUACAUUUGGUGCCAUCAUGGUAAUAGUUGAUUUUUUAAAGGAUAGUCAAACAAUGACGCUUGUUCUUCUAAAGCCACUUGCUUGCACUUCUCUCUCAGUACCCCUGAGGUCCACAUUUCAUUAUUACUAUAUAGACAUUGAUCCAUUAUGGUGAAUUUGCUAAUAACUUUAAGCACAACACUCUAAAAAUAUCCUGUUUAAAAAGAAGCAGUCAGGAUCCACCAAGCAUAAAGUAUUUCACAUUCUGCAGAAUGUUUUGCAGACCUAUGCACUUGUGUGUUUUGGUGGUAGGUUUAAAUGGUGGCAAGUGAUGCAUUCCGAAGGAAUUGGUAGUAGUAUCCUGUGCUACUUAGUCACCCUUUCAUGGCCAAUAGACUAAUGGCAAGACUAAUAUAAUUCAGACAGAGCUACACACAGUGCCCUUUUCUCAGGGGCUCCACCCUACAGCCAAUGCAGUUCAAACCUUAGAUUGUGUCCCUGAUGAGGACUCCAAUUCCAGUUAUUGCCCUAUGAAUGUCAACCUUCUUUAAAACAGUGUUGUGUUCCCUGCAAAUUCCUUAACAAAGAGCCUUCACAAAGCAUAUUGCCUCCUUAGUUUGCCACUUGAAAAUAGCAAAUUUUGGUGCCUCUCCAUGAUUGAACUGAUUUUGCUGUUAGUGUCUUAGUUUGACUUUUGUCCACUGUUUACUUGCUUUCCUCUUUACUGUGUGUAUAUAUACUGAAACUGUGAAAAGGUGCAGUGCAGCAGCCAAAGGGGUUAAAAGAUAGAAGGCAGGACAAAACAAUACCACAAGGAUCAGUUGUGCAGAUGCUACUCUCAAAAUUCUAACACUGCAUUCAGUCCUUUCUGUCAAGAUGAUUAGAUGAGCUGAAUAAUGUGUAGCUGAACUGAGGUCCAGUCAAUUUUUGACCAGAGAAAAUGUAGAAAGAAAAUAGCAUGAAUGGGUUUUGUCUGAUACUCUUUUUCACAGUAUAAUGUGGAAAUCUCGGUACUGGUAAUGCUGAAUUGUCAUGUGAGGCUUUCAGUCCUUCAAUUAUACAUUUCCUGCCAGUGUUCCUAUUUGCAAAAAGAAGAGCAGAAGUACUGUCAGGCACCUGUCUUGUAUAACAAUUAGGAGCUGGCAUGCACAAACAUGCUGGAGCAGCAAGCACUCCAGUAAAUGGUACUGGGACAAAACUAAGGUGCUGCUACUAAUUGCACAUAUUCUUGUGUGUGAAUGGAAAGUCCCAGUUUCACUGGGUAAUAUUGGCUCAUCUGUUGCACUCCUACAAUGUUGGGAACUGUCUUAAUGGAAUAUUCCUUUGAACUUGGCUUAUACUUUAACUGUUUCUUCAGAAAUGCUAUUUGAAACAAGGAUGUACUGCUUCAAGUGAAAGAACAGCUUUGGAUCAGCUGUGGUUUAUGUGGACAAUGCAUUUAAUUGUGCUUUAGCUCCUUGCUGGCUUCUGAAGGAAUCCAUUCCAUUGUUUGCUUAUAUAACAAAAUGUGGGUUUUCUGUUGUUAUUCAAGUGCAUUUGUUGAACUGUGCCUAACAGUCUACUAGUGCCUGGGGUUAAGAGAAAUAUGGGACCUGUUUGUGCUUAGUUUGAAUUGUUUUACAGUGCAGACUAGUAUGUCACAGGGCCAAAUAAACCACAGUGUACUAA